AUGGAGUCUCGCCGGGUAGCGAAGGAGAGAGAAUGGGAACAGUUACGUUUGCGAGAUGUUCGCUCUGACAGGGCGACCUACGCUAGGGACUAUGCUCACCAAGUGAUAGUCGCCAUAUCCCCGUAUCUCUCAGGACCUUCUCAGUUCAGGAAGCCAAGUCCGGUACAGCCCAUCAGGUGUGGCAGUUCCACAUCCCAGAGUGGAGCUCAGACUACCAGUGGCGUGGGGGAUGUGAAUGCCAUGGUCUCUGUCAUAGAGGAAGUCUCCAAAGUCCAGAGGAAGACUGGGAACCACCCCAUUGUCGUCCAUGGACUUAACACAGUGAGUAGAUCGGCAAUAUUCUGUGGUGUGGCCACCACCAUUGAGAGGAGGGAGUGGUGGAUGUGUUCCAGGUGGUCAAGGCCAUCAGAGCUCAGAAACCUGGAGCCAUACAAACUUUGGAACAGUAUAAGUCGAUCUUUGAAGCUCUUUUAG